AUGGUUUUAAUGGGGCCUCAUUCUGCACUUAGACUGCUGCCACUGAAAACGCAGGCUAUUCGGUUUGUGCUGCUGCUUUUGCUUUCCGUUUUAAUUCUUGCAGUCGCACUUUUGGUAACUAAUGCACGAAUGCCGGACCCAAAAGUUGUCCGGCCGCUGCCAGACAUUGGGUUUGAGGUGUUUCCGAAGGUUGGCUGGCUGGAGCAUUUAACCGAUGUUUGCAUCUUCAUCCUUAACUUUCUUAGUUUGCUGGUUGUGUUCAAGCUGUAUCUGCUCCAUCGUCAAAAUGAGGGACUUGACGAACUGCAGCCCUUCAGUUGCUGCCCAUUAAUUGGCAAAAUUAUUUUUGGAGUGUGGGACAGCGGUCGUCAAUCUGGAAUUGAAAAACGGGAUGCUCACCUUAUUGCCUGGAUUCGUUAUUUUACUACUUAUUUUAUUGUUCUGCUAUUUCGCGCAAUUGUUGUUGUCAUGACAUCGUAUCCUGCAACGGACAACCAUUGCCAGAACCCAAUGAAAAUUACAAAUCCGGUAAAAAACGUGAUUAUGACGUUGGUGACUUUUGGGAGUGGGUCCAUCCACUGUGGGGACCUCAUGUUUAGCGGUCAUACGGUCUCCAUCACGCUCAGUCUCCUGGUUCAGUGGAUUUAUGGUUCGAUGUUGCAUUGGGUGUUUCGACCAGCCUCAGUUUUAUUGGUUCUUCUUUCCUUUUACUCCAUUAUUGCCUCACGUUCCCACUACACGGACGAUAUCCUUGUAUCGUUUUACAUCACGGUUACCACAUUUCUGGUGUUGCGUCAUUCACCAGACGGUGCGCCAUGGCAAUUGCAGCUUUUAAUUGGCUGGUGGCCGUGCUGCGUAUCCAAUGAGGAGACGGAGGAUUCGGAUAGAAAUCCAACAUUUGUGGCCGUUGAGGUAUUUUUACCGCAUGGAGACUACCAGUGCGCGGAGAGGAUAAGCGAAGAGAAGACGACGGUUGGACCAGCCUGUGGGAAUUUUGGACACUGGUGA